AUGCCUAGAACAGCGCUCAUCACCGACGGUAGUAGCAUUGCAGGGAUCGCUUUGCUCGACUUCUUGAAGCACAGAUGUUCGCGAGACGAGUGGGCUCGAAUCGUGGUGGUAUCCCAGCCUGGAGCGCCGAGGACGAACAACAACAACAACAACAACAACAACAACAACAACAGUGGUACCUGUAGUGAUGAUGCCGGAAGAGUUCAUUUUGUACAGCUCGACUUCUCUGAACGUCCACGUGCACUCAUCGAGCACAUGACCGAGUCGUGUGCAGACGUGACCCACGCCUACUUUUGCUCUUAUGCCCAUGAGGACAAUCCGGUGAUAUUGAACCGCGCGAAUACCGCUCUAUUCGAGAACUUCCUUCUCGCUUUGACUUGCGUGGCACCAGGCUUGGCAAACUGCACGCUCAUCCACACCGAUAGCAGCAGGUAUUACGGCUCGCAUCUCUGUCCCGUGCCUACACCCUGUCGUGAGGACGACCCUAGACGGGGCGACCCCGAAGACAAUUUCCAACACGCCCAGGAAGAUUUCCUCGCCACGCUCCAGACCAACCAAGCAUGGACCUGGAAUGUUGUCCGACCAGAGUCUAUCAUGGUUGAUACUAGUAGUCCUAGUCCUACCUUGACAUUAGCCAUGUACUUCCUCAUCACCCGAGAACUGGCCGAAGAAGCCAGGAUGCCCUCGAAUCAGCGAUACUGGAACGGAAGUUCCUCCUCCGCCCUCAGUGACUCGGCCCUGCUGGCCCAAUUCACCCUCUGGAUUUCCAUGACCGAUGAAUGUGCCAACGAGGCCUUCAAUUUCGCCAAUGGCGACCAUUUCACUUGGCAAUUCAUGUGGCCCCGCUUAGCUGCCUAUUUCGGCGCAUAUGCCACUCCAGACCAGCACUUUCGACUGACUGAGCCCGAAAUCAUAGGAGGAGGAGGAGGAGGAAGAAAAAAAGUAUUCCCAUUGCAGCAAGAGUUUCGUCUUGUUGACUGGGCACAACAGGAUGAUGAUAAAAAGUCCGUAUGGGAGAGAAUGUGUGACGAAGCAGGUAUCCCAGAAGCCAAAGCGAGCUUCGAAGCAGGUUGUUGGAGUACAUUGGAUGCACUGUUUCAACGCACUUGGUCUACGACAUUGAGUAUGAAUAAAGCGCGGAAAUUCGGCUGGACGGGGUUUGCGGAUUCGUUUGAGUCCUUUGUGCACGCGUUUGAGCGUCUCUCGGAGAAUAGCGAGAUAUUAUAA